GUUCCCGAGCGAUGCGCAUUUCGUUGGUGGCGAUGCUGCAAACGUUCGUUCGCCGCGCGGUCGCCGCGCCCGCCCUUGCCAAGCCAGCGCAAACCCGGUCGUUGUGGUACCAAGUCGGGUACAACCAAGACCCUGAGUACUUUGUGAAGACGAUCAACCGCACGUUGCAUGACGACGGGGUCAUGACCCAGCUCGACCAACGAUUCGCCCACGAAAAGAAGUGGCAGCGCCGCAUUCGCAAGAAAGCCGAGUCCGAGAUCCGCGACUUGAACAAGCGUAUGGCCAUGAUCGUCAACUUCUGUUUGAAGAAGCAAAAUCGGGGCCGCGUCUAAGCACGUCAUAACCCUAAUCGAAUGCUACAUCACGACAACGCCCCGCCACGUCCACCUCUUCAGUUCAUGCAUUGGCGACAAUAGCCGCGACGUCGGCGACCUAGGGAGUUAGGUCGCAUGAGAUAUGCCGCGGCAUUUCAUCCACAGCCCACCUCGCGACAUACACGAAGGAUGCGAAGGAUUGAUAGGGGACAUGGUACAUUAACGAGCCAUUGAUGUCUAC